UCAUUGUUUAUUAGGAAUACAAAAAGAAAAUAGGCUUUGUAUUAGUUGCUGACGUUCCCCGAUGCGUGUUACGGAGCAAUUCUGAAUAUUUUGGAAGGAGGAACGUGGGCGUUGUGACAUAUCGGGCGAGAUCAUGGCUGAGUCGAGAGAUCAACGAUUGUGGCACGGGGACUAGCGAUCACUGGUUUCCAUUCCUGUCCCGCCCACCCCAACUUGCUUUUAUUUGAAGUGGAAGACACAAUGAUCAAGAUGCUGCAGACGACCCAUUACGUGGAGCUGGGCAAUUACCCAGAAUGGCCGAUGCGCAUCCCUCAGAAGAUAAAACUGUACACUUUUGAACAACUUCCCAUGUAUCUCAGAGAGAACCCCUACAUCACAGACGGCUACAGAGCCCACCUGCCUUCAAAACUCUGCUUGAGGAGCAUUUUCGUUCUGUCCAAUGAGACUGUGAACAUCUGGAGCCACCUGUUGGGCUUCCUUCUCUUCUUCUCUCUGGCCGUCAACGACGGCGUGAAGGUUUUGCCAGCUUCUGGAGCCAGCAGAGAAGAUUAUGUCAUCUACGCCAUCGGACUGUUUUGCUUCCAGGUGUGCAUGUUGUGUUCUGUGGGCUACCAUCUCUUUUUGUGCCAUCGAUCGGAGAAGACGAGUCGCCGCUGGCUGGCGUUGGACUACGCCGGCAUUUCUGUCGGCAUCCUAGGCUGUUACGUGCCCGGCAUCUUUUAUUCCUUCUAUUGCAAUGCCUUUUGGCGGCAGGUCUAUUCCCUGACGGUGCUGACCAUGAUUCUGUUAGUUUUCGGCGCUCAGUUCCAUCCGCGGUACAUGAGCGCUGAAUGGCGUUGCAUAAGGGUGUCCACCUUCUUCGGCGUGGCCGUUAUGGGUGUGGUUCCAACGAUCCACUGGGUGUUGCUCAAUGGCGGGCUCACCUGUGACAUCGUUCGGAUGUUCCUGCCUCGCCUGAUUGUCAUGUACCUCAUUGGCGCGGCUGCCUUCGUGUUCUACAUUACCAAGAUGCCUGAGCGUUGCUUCCCUGGCCACGUGAACUACAUCGGUGCCAGUCAUCAGGUCUGGCACGUUCUGGUGGUUGCCAUGCUUUACUGGUGGCAUCAAACCGCAGUGGACAUUAUGCAGUUCCGGCAUAGCCAGCCUUGUCCACCAAGGACGCAAUGACAACAAUCAACCAAUGCAAGGAUGCACUUAGGUGUCAUCAGAUGACCAUUUGCUCUUUUUUUAAUGUUGAAAUUCUUUGGAUUUGGUCAAAAUUUACGAACAAGCAUGGUCCACCAGAGCCAAGAUAUGGGUCAGUAGGUCGGUUGAAGAUGACUGCAAUUGCAUGUAGUUAUCGGCCUGAUGACAGUGCAUGAAAUUUCUACUUAAACUGUAUAGAAACAUGAUUAUUUUGUUGCGUUUUAAAAAAAAAAAUCUUGACAAUUACUUGGUGCUUGGUUGAGAAGGAAAUAUAUACAUUUGCACAUGGGAUUCUUGGGGCGGGUUAGAGCGGGUGUUAUGGGCCGGGAGCUUUUUUUUUGAACAAAGUGUCACUGUGAUUGACACAUCGCUGCUUGAAGUGUUGAGAAGUAAGGAAUGGAGGGGAGUUUUUGCUUUGCUGGAAAUAUUAACGUGUUAUUUAUUAAGCAUGACACAAUUUGUGUUGAAAAGCAGGGAACUUGACAGUGCGAUGGAUGUAACUGAUGCCAUUUCAGCAUCUCAAUUUCAUACAACCACAUUGCUGUCAUCACAAGUAUGGCUGUGAGGUGUCUGAUAAUCCAACAAACAAAUAAUCUUCAUCCGGAUUUCUAUUCCCUUACCACAGAGUACUUGUCUAAUAUGAAAUGUUUACCACUAAUAAUUGCACGCUUCUCCAAAGAGAGUAUUUACUUGACUAAAUGAAAUAGCGGCGAGUUUGUUGUACUGCUGAAUUUACAAAAAAAAAAAAAGAACACUACGGUAUUUUUACGACAGUUUGUCAUUAGGACUGAAGAACCCAUAAUCAGUAAAAGAUUAGUAGUAUUUGAUCCUCAACUAAAUGUGAGUUAGUGCUCAGCUCCCAAAAAUGUUUGCUAUAUUCGAGGAUUCAAACAUCCAGAUUGCACAGCAGAUCAAAUCAACCCCCCCUCCCCACUGUAAAACCAAACUACUGUAUAUGCAUGGUAUUUCCCCCCAUUCUUAUGGAGGAGUGAUUGCAUGUUUCUGGUUAUUUGGGUGAUUGUCUGGUGCUUUUUUUUAAUGUCACACGUAUUACAGGACGAAAACAGGAAAGCCAGCAUUAUGUGACUACUGUAUUAUAAGUGAUGUCAUGUGUGAAUCGGUCCAAUGUGUAGUGAUCCGGAUAGUCUAAAUAGUGUUUAUUGUCCAUAUUUUGCAAGUACUGUACUUCAUUUGCCUUCCACCAGAACAAACAUAUGCGGUACAUGCACUGACUUGGUUUUUGCACGACAAUGCAGCAACAGUCUCAUUAUUUUUUAAAAAACUAUUCUGAGAAACAAUGCUGAUUUAUAUUAUGAAGCACUGUAACUCAAUUUUAAGAUGGAUUAAAUAAGGUCAAAGAGAAAAA